UGUCCAUGAUCUCAUCGGCAGCCCGGCCUCCUCCUCCUCCUCCUCCCGCGCCGCUCCGCCACCCCCAGCCGAGCUCGGGCAGCGGCAGCACCGCCCGGAAGGUCACCGGCCGCCGUCCGCCCCGCCUGGCCGCGGGCCGCGGUCCCCGUAUGUGGUGGUGGGGUGGUGCUGCCGCGGGGCUGAGAGAGGCGGGCGCCGGCGGGAAGGAGCGUGGGGGCGAGAAGAUGGCUGCCCCCGCGCCCCCCGCGCCGGAGGCGGCCCUCGCCCCCGCCGGCCCGCCGCGCCUUCGCCAGUCUGACAGCAAUGCAAGCUUUCUCCGAGCUGCCAGAGCUGGCAAUCUGGACAAAGUAGUGGAAUACCUGAAGAGUGGAAUAGACAUUAACACAUGUAAUCAGAAUGGACUCAAUGCUCUGCACCUGGCAGCUAAAGAAGGCCAUGUGGGACUGGUACAAGAAUUAUUGGAAAGAGGGUCGGCUGUGGAUUCUGCCACCAAGAAAGGGAAUACAGCCCUGCACAUUGCAUCCUUAGCAGGCCAAGCUGAAGUUGUCAAGGUUCUGGUUAAGGAAGGAGCCAAUAUUAAUGCGCAAUCUCAGAAUGGCUUUACUCCUUUAUAUAUGGCAGCUCAAGAGAACCACAUUGAAGUGGUGAAGUAUCUCCUGGAGAAUGGAGCCAACCAAAGCACAGCUACUGAGGAUGGUUUCACUCCUCUCGCUGUUGCACUGCAACAAGGACACAAUCAGGCAGUGGCCAUCCUCCUGGAAAAUGACACCAAGGGCAAAGUGAGAUUGCCUGCUCUGCAUAUUGCUGCUAGGAAAGAUGACACCAAAUCAGCAGCGCUCUUGCUGCAGAAUGACCACAAUGCUGAUGUGCAGUCCAAGAUGAUGGUGAAUAGGACGACUGAGAGUGGCUUUACACCUUUGCACAUAGCUGCGCACUAUGGAAAUGUCAAUGUGGCGACGCUGCUGCUAAACCGAGGAGCUGCAGUUGAUUUCACAGCAAGGAAUGGAAUCACCCCACUGCAUGUGGCUUCCAAAAGGGGAAACACAAACAUGGUGAAGCUCUUGUUGGAUCGCGGAGGGCAGAUCGAUGCCAAAACCAGGGAUGGACUCACUCCCCUCCACUGUGCUGCAAGAAGUGGACAUGACCAAGUUGUGGAGCUGCUCCUGGAACGAGGUGCCCCGCUGCUUGCACGGACCAAGAAUGGACUCUCUCCCCUUCACAUGGCGGCUCAGGGGGACCAUGUGGAGUGCGUCAAACACCUCCUGCAGCACAAAGCUCCUGUGGAUGAUGUCACGCUGGAUUACCUGACUGCCCUCCAUGUGGCUGCACACUGUGGCCACUAUCGUGUCACCAAACUCCUUCUGGACAAGAGAGCAAAUCCCAAUGCUCGUGCCCUGAAUGGUUUUACUCCACUGCACAUUGCCUGCAAGAAAAAUCGCAUCAAAGUCAUGGAACUCCUGGUGAAAUAUGGGGCUUCAAUCCAGGCUAUAACAGAGUCGGGCCUCACACCAAUACACGUGGCUGCAUUUAUGGGCCACUUGAACAUAGUCCUCCUUCUGCUGCAGAAUGGAGCCUCUCCCGAUGUCACUAACAUUCGUGGAGAAACUGCGUUGCACAUGGCGGCACGUGCUGGGCAGGUGGAAGUUGUUCGCUGUCUCCUGAGAAAUGGGGCCCUGGUUGAUGCCCGAGCCAGGGAAGAACAGACUCCACUGCACAUUGCUUCUCGCUUGGGAAAAACGGAGAUCGUCCAACUUCUGCUACAGCACAUGGCCCACCCUGAUGCAGCAACUACUAAUGGCUACACUCCACUACACAUCUCUGCCAGAGAGGGACAAGUUGAUGUUGCAUCCGUUCUCCUAGAGGCCGGUGCCUCGCACUCCAUGUCCACCAAAAAGGGAUUCACACCUUUGCAUGUGGCUGCCAAAUACGGGAGUCUGGAAGUGGCAAAACUCCUGCUACAGCGUCGUGCCUCUCCCGACUCAGCUGGCAAGAACGGCCUCACCCCCCUGCACGUCGCGGCCCAUUACGACAACCAGAAGGUGGCGCUGCUGCUGCUGGAGAAGGGCGCCUCGCCACACGCGACCGCCAAGAAUGGAUACACCCCUCUCCAUAUUGCUGCCAAGAAGAAUCAGAUGCAGAUAGCAACCACUCUAUUGAACUAUGGGGCUGAGACCAACAUUUUGACCAAGCAAGGAGUCACCCCGCUUCAUCUGGCUUCCCAAGAAGGUCACACUGACAUGGUGACCUUGCUUUUGGAGAAAGGAUCCAAUAUCCAUGUGGCAACAAAGACUGGACUGACAUCCUUACACCUUGCAGCUCAAGAGGAUAAGGUGAACGUAGCUGAAAUACUCACAAAACAUGGUGCAAACCAAGAUGCUCAGACAAAGCUUGGUUAUACACCUUUAAUUGUGGCGUGUCACUAUGGAAACAUCAAAAUGGUGAAUUUUCUUCUCAAGCAGGGAGCAAAUGUCAAUGCUAAAACGAAGAAUGGAUACACCCCUCUUCACCAAGCUGCUCAACAAGGCCACACUCACAUCAUCAAUGUCCUUCUCCAACAUGGGGCCAAGCCCAAUGCCAUCACCACUAAUGGUAACACUGCCUUAGCUAUUGCAAGGCGGCUGGGAUAUAUCUCAGUGGUCGAUACGCUGAAGGUUGUAACGGAGGAGAUUACUACCACCACAACUACUGUGACAGAGAAGCACAAGCUAAAUGUACCUGAAACAAUGACUGAGGUCCUGGAUGUUUCAGACGAAGAAGGUGAUGACACCAUGACAGGAGAUGGAGGAGAGUACCUUAGACCAGAAGACCUCAGAGAACUAGGAGAUGACUCUUUACCAAGCAGCCAGUUCUUAGAUGGUAUGAACUACCUAAGGUAUAGCUUGGAAGGAGGACGAUCUGACAGCACCAUGCCCAGCCUGCGAUCCUUCAGUUCAGACAGGUCCCACACACUGAGCCAUGCUUCCUACCUGAGGGACAGUGCCAUGAUUGACGACACAGUUGUAAUCCCCAGCCAGCAGGUAACAACUCUGGCCAAAGAAGCUGAAAGGAAUUCGUAUCGCUUAAGCUGGGGACCUGAAAACUUGGACAAUGUGGCUCUUUCUUCCAGCCCUAUUCAUUCAGGCUGCAUAUCUGCAAAAAAGGAGGCUGGAUCCUUGCUAACAAGCUUCCUAGUUAGUUUCAUGGUGGAUGCUCGUGGGGGUGCCAUGAGAGGCUGCAGACAUAAUGGACUCAGAAUCAUUAUUCCUCCACGGAAAUGCACUGCUCCAACACGAGUGACUUGCCGUUUGGUGAAACGUCACAGACUGGCCACCAUGCCUCCUAUGGUGGAAGGUGAAGGUCUGGCCAGCCGCCUGAUUGAAGUGGGACCUUCUGGUGCUCAGUUUCUUGGUAAACUUCAUCUGCCUACGGCUCCUCCCCCACUUAAUGAGGGAGAAAGCUUGGUCAGCCGAAUCCUUCAGCUGGGGCCUCCUGGGACCAAAUUCCUUGGGCCUGUGAUUGUGGAGAUUCCCCAUUUUGCUGCUCUACGUGGGAGAGAGCGAGAGCUGGUGAUCCUGCGCAGUGAGAACGGGGACAGCUGGAAGGAGCACUUCUGUGAAUACACUGAGGAUGAACUGAACGAAAUCUUGAAUGGGAUGGAUGAAGUACUUGAUACCCCAGAGGAGCUUGAGAAGAAACGUAUCUGCCGCAUCAUCACCCGAGAUUUCCCUCAGUACUUUGCAGUGGUAUCCCGCAUCAAACAGGACAGUAACCUCAUCGGACCAGAGGGGGGUGUGCUGAGUAGCACUGUUGUACCACAAGUGCAGGCAGUCUUCCCAGAAGGGGCUCUCACCAAAAGAAUUCGCGUUGGCCUCCAGGCUCAACCUAUGCAUACCGAACUUACGAAGAAGAUUUUGGGCAACAAGGCUACCUUCAGUCCUAUAGUCACGCUGGAGCCCAGGAGAAGGAAGUUCCAUAAGCCCAUCACGAUGACCAUUCCCAUCCCUAAGGCCUCCAGCGAUGGGAUCAUGAAUGGUUAUGGAGGCGACACACCUACUUUAAGGCUACUAUGCAGCAUAACAGGAGGAACCACCCCUGCCCAGUGGGAAGACAUCACUGGAACAACACCACUGACAUUUGUUAAUGAAUGUGUUUCCUUCACAACAAACGUGUCUGCCAGAUUUUGGUUAAUAGACUGUCGACAGACACAAGAAUCUGUUACUUUUGCUUCCCAAGUGUACAGAGAGAUUAUCUGCGUCCCCUACAUGGCCAAAUUUGUGGUGUUUGCUAAAUCACAUGAUCCCAUUGAAGCACGGUUAAGAUGUUUUUGCAUGACAGAUGACAAGGUGGAUAAAACUCUAGAACAACAAGAAAAUUUUGCUGAAGUUGCCAGGAGCAGGGAUGUAGAGGUAUUAGAAGGAAAACCCAUCUAUGUUGACUGCUUUGGCAAUUUGGUGCCACUAACGAAGAGUGGGCAACAUCAUAUAUUCAGUUUUUUUGCCUUCAAAGAAAAUAGACUUCCUCUGUUUGUUAAGGUGCGAGACACCACGCAAGAACCCUGUGGACGAUUAUCAUUCAUGAAGGAGCCAAAAUCGACAAGAGGCCUCGUUCAUCAAGCCAUAUGCAAUUUAAACAUCACUUUACCCAUUUACACAAAGGAAUCAGAAUCAGACCAAGAACAAGAAGAAGAGGUUGAUGUGACUUCAGAAAAAAAUGACGAGACAGAAUCUACAGAAACAUCUAUACUGAAAAGCCAUCUGGUUAAUGCAGUCCCUGUACUAGCCAGUCCAGACCUGUUGUCUGAAGUUUCUGAGAUGAAACAAGAUUUGAUCAAAAUGACUGCCAUCUUGACAACUGACCCUUCUGAUAAAUCGGGCUCCAUUAAAGUGAAAGAUCUUGGAAAAGCUGGUGAGGAAGAGCCAGGAGAGCCUUUUGAAAUAGUUGAAAGAGUGAAAGAAGACUUAGAAAAAGUAAAUGAAAUUCUGAGAGGUGGGUCCUAUACCAGAGAAGAACAUGUUUUGCAGAAGUCCCUUUCCAAACAAGAACUUUCAGAAGAAGAAUGGGUCAUUGUCAGUGAUGAAGAAAUUGAAGAGGCCAGAAGAAAUGCUCCUUCAGAAGUCACCGAACCUACAUGUGUAGAAGUCCGGGUAGGUGAAGGGACAACAAAAAUGGAAAAGGCAGACGUGACAGGGAUGGUAGAUUACCUUACAGAGGACUUAAAGACAUACGUUUCUCUUCAUAAGGUACAGCCACCAGCCUUACAAGAAGACUUGGUAGAGGAGAGAUUUGAAGCCGUAGUAGUAAGCAGGGAUUCUGAGAAAGAAGGUCAAAAAUCUCAGGCAGCCAAACCACGAAGUCUGCAGGAGCAACACAAGCCGGCCUUAGAAAUUAAAAAGCCCCUUAGGACAAAAUUAAGAGACAAGCCAAAGCAAAAGGAAGGCAAGAUGCGCAGCGGUGAAGAGCAGCCAAGGCUAACAAAGCUCACUUCGGAGGUGUUGCAAGGUGGUGAGGAACCUGGCCUAAUGCCGACAGCUGCUCUGGAGGCUAAAGCUGUAUCCCCUGUUAUAGAGGAAACUCCUAUUGGCUCAAUCAAAGAUAAAGUUAAAGCUCUUCAGAAACGAGUGGAAGAUGAGCAAAAAGUACGGUCAAAACUGCCUGUCAGAAUUCAAACCAAAGAAGGCACUGCUGAGAAGGCUUCCAAAAGACCGGUACAAGUCAAAAAGCCGGCAGCACACAAAGCACAGCCGCCUGUUUCCCCUUCUUCUAAGACAGAAAGACUUGAAGAGACCAUGUCGGUUCGCGAACUGAUGAAAGCCUUCCAGUCAGGUCAAGACCCAUCCAAGAAUAUAUCUGGACUGUUUGAGCACAAAUCUGUCAAACAGAAGCAACAGUUCCCCGAGAAGGAAACAACACGGAGAAAACCAACAGUUUCACAAAGCGAAAUGAGGCGAGUAACGAGCCACAAGACAGACAAACAGAAGGACAAACAAAGUGCGGUAUUAAAAACAGAGAAAGAGCCGCAAUCCAAAAAAGGAAAAAUGCAACUAUCUACCAUUGAAACUACCAAGAAAGCUGUAGGUAAAGACCAGGUAAAAGAGCAGGGCAGCAAAAAACCAACUGAACCUCUCCCUCCGGUGUUUGAUGAUGAAAGUGCCAAAGAUACAGUGGUUGGAAAGGGCAGGCCUUCUGAUGACCAGGGAGAUACUGACUUCCAGAUCAGCCCUGACAGAAAAACCUCAACAGACUUUUCUGAUGUCAUUAAAGAAGAACUGGAGGACAAUGACAAAUACCAACAGUUCCGGCACCUUUCGGUGACGGAGGAGGGAGAACUUAACUUGGAGCAAGUACUGACCAGCCCGUUCAGCGUUGCUUUUCCCACAGAGUACGAGAAAGACGGGUUCCUGCCCACUCUUUCUCUGCAAAGUGCUGCUUUUGAUGGGAGCUCCGAGAGCCUGAAGCAUGAAGGUGUGGCCGAUUCUCCAGGUAGCCUACUGGACGGAACCCCUCAGAUCAGCUCUGAGGAAAGUUAUAAGCAUGAGGGUCUGGCAGAAACUCCAGAAACAAGCCCCGAAAGCCUUUCGUUCUCACCAAAGAAAACAGAUGGGCCAACUGAAGAAGCUAAAGGAGCAGCUAGUGCGCACACAACAGCAGAAACAUGUUCUCCGAAGGAACUCCCUCCGAAGGAAGAUGAAAAAGGUAUUACUGAAAGGCAGCUAGAUGCUGUUACUGAGACUAGUAAGUCUCAUUCUGACCAUGUAUCGGAAGAGCUUGUACCUACGGCCUCUGAAGAAGAGGCUGAUAAGCUUACAGAAAGUAGCUCAGCUUCCAUUAUGAAAGAUAUUAGCAGGGAUACAGAAUCCGAAACCACUGCACAUUUAACUAAGCCUUCUGAAACACAUGACACUGCUUUAGCGAAAGACAAAGAUAUAACCUGUGAACGCCGUGUUGCGGUUAGAAGUCCCCAGAAAUUGGAACUUUCACUUGCUAGCCAUGAUAGUGAAAGCUUUAGCCCAGUUGCAGAUGACUCUUUCGCUAUAAGUCAUAAAGACUCCCUGGAGGCAAGCCCAGUGCUAGAAGAUAACUCGUCACACAAAACACCUGAUUCUUUGGAGCCCAGUCCUAUGAGAGAGUCUCCCUGCCGCGAUUCUCUUGAAAGUAGCCCCGUAGAACAAACGGUGAAGGCUGGUAUUUUGGGGCAGGGUCCUCUGCCGUCCCUUCUUAGCAAAGGAGAAACCUGCCCGGAGCUGGCGUCGGUGCGUUCCAGGAUUCUUCGUGACCCUGAGGGAAGUGCUGAUGAUGACAGUCUAGAGCAAACGUCCCUCAUGGAGAGCUCGGGGAAAAGUCCGCUUUCACCUGAGACUCCUAGUUCUGAAGAAAUUAGCUAUGAAAUCACACCUAAAACAGCAGACUCGCAGGCACUGUCCAACGUACGGAAGUCGGCCAUGAUCCCUGAAGUGAGCGAAGAACCGGAGGACGAUUCGGAAAGCGAGCCGAAGAAGAGAUUCACCCCUGAAGAGGAGAUGUUUAAAAUGGUGACCAAAAUCAAAAUGUUUGAUGAGUUGGAACAAGAAGCGAAACAGAAGAGAGAUUGCAAAAAGGAUUGUAAGCAAGAUGAAUCUGCUGCCGUUGCUAAUUCAGAAGCUGCAUGUAGAGCUGAAGAACCACAGUUAACGGCUGUGGAAGACAGAGAUGUACCUAUGGUGGUGAUGCCCACAGCUGAAUCUAGAAAAAGCUCUUCCUCUUCCGAAAGUGAGCCAGAAUUGACUCGGCUGAAAAGAGAGGCCGACUCGGGCCUCUUAAUGGAACCUGUGAUCCGAGUGCAGCCGCCCUCACCGUUACCAUCCAGUAUCGACUCCUGCUCUAGCCCCGAUGAAGCAGGUUUUCAACCUAUUAAUUCAGAAAGGUGCUCUAUCGGGAUUGGUGUGGUUAAAGUGGAACAGGAUAAGCCGAUAGAAGAUGACAAAGAAGAACUGCUUAUCCCCAGGGGCAGCUGUACGGCUUCCGCUUGUCUUUCUGACGGUUGUGCAGAACCUGACAAAUCAAAAUGUGGCUGUACAAAUGACAGGGAGAUCAUUAGUCCUAAUGCCCCAGCCGCACAAUCUGGGGGUACUCUGUGUCAUUCCACUGAUGCCAGUUCUCAAGAAGAAGUUAACGUUGAGUCGUUGCUAACACUCGAGCGAUGCGACACUACCAAAAAAGAUGCUGAAGUCACCUCAUCGUUAACAUGCACAGAUCUCAUUGCUACAGGAGCUGUGCCAGAGAAUGUAGACAGAAGUUCUUGUGGACACGGUACCGCCAAGUACUCUGUACCACAACAUGCCAAACAGGCUGAAAGCGAUACUGCUGACCGUUUCGCUUUGGGAAGCGGUUUGGGAAAAGCAGAUACAGAUUUUGAAACAUGUCCAGGAGAGAUUCAUGCUGAGGAACCCCUACCAGAGUAUUCGUCCCUCACUGCUGAAACAGUGGAACCGGAAAGCUGUGUGGCAGAUGCUGCUGAAAGUAGUAUAGUAAGCCCUUAUGAGAACAUCUCUUCUGAACAUUUCUUUACUGACUCUGAAAGUAAGGUAGGAUCUGGUAGAAAUCUGCUGCCUAGGGAAAGCUGUUCUACCAAGGAAGGGAAAGAUCAGACUGGUGAAGCUUUACUUAGCAGAGACGCAGGUAGCGAGCAUUGCUUUUCAGAGGAAGUAUAUAUGGAAAUAGAGCCCAAAACAGAAGAUGCAUUUCAGAAAAUGUCACAGGGGUCUUCGGCAUCAGAUUCCACAAAAUUAGCAGAAUCUGCCCUUGAGGAUAUCAAAGAUGAAACAGAGAAAUCAAUUGGUCGAGUUGUCAUCACUAAAACUGAUGUGGAUUCUGACAUGUGGAGUGAAAUACGUGAAGACGAUGAAGCCUUUGAAGCUCGGGUGAAAGAAGAGGAACAGAAAAUAUUCGGGUUGAUGGUAGACAGGCGAUCACAAGGCACAACACCUGAUACCACGCCGGCCAGAACACCCACCGAAGAAGGGACACCGCUUAGCGAACAGAAUCCGUUUCUUUUUCAGGAAGGAAAGUUGUUUGAAAUGACUAGAAGUGGGGCCAUUGACAUGACCAAAAGGAACUACCCAGAUGAAAGCUUUCACUUCUUCCAAAUGGGGCAGCAGCCUCAGGAAGAAGUUCCUUUAUCUGAAGAAGCAAAAGAAGCAGCAGAGGUAGAAUCUUGUAAGCUGAAGAGCUCACCAGAUCCAUUUUCACCUUUGGAAUUGGAGGACUCGGAUAUACAAGAAAAGGAUACCUUGAAAUAUUCACCCCCGGCAUCUGAGUGUAGCGAUAUAUCAGAAGAAAUGACGGAUGAAGGUGUCGGCACAGGCACCGCAAAAGCAGAUCUGAAAUCCAGAAUUCCGAUUAAAAUGGGUAUUUCGGCUUCUUCAAAAUCACCAAAGAAAGAAACCGCUGCCUCUGAAGCUGAGCCCUUCUCCAGAACGGAGACUGACGUGGUUGAGAGCAGUCAGGUGCCUUCCCCUACCUCUCCCGAGCAGUCCGUAGUAGAAGAUGAAUUAGAUUUUUCCAAAGUCACUAGAUUAGUUAGUUCUGGACAGGGCGAUGAGUCCCCAGACUCUUCGCCAGAGGAACAGAGAUCUGUGAUUGAAAUCCCUACUGCUCUAAUGGAGAGAGUGCCUUCUUGUGAAAGCAAAUCCAAAAUUCCUGUAAGAACAGCCACUGCUGCGUUGCAACAGUUGGAAAACGAGAGCCUUCCCACAGAUGGCUUCCUAGAUGGUUUGCAGUGCGAAGGAAAAGAUGACCCAGCGAAACCAAAGUCUAAAAUCCCAGUCAAAGCAGCUUUCCAAAAAACUGAACAGCAGCAUAUGUACACAGAUGCGUCUGUCCGCAAGCUAGAGUCACCCAAAGCUCUGGACGUGACUGGCAAACUGCCCACGAAACAAGAUAACCGCAGUAAAUCUGAAUCCGAUGCGAGUAGUCCCAUGGACCCAAAGACUAAGCGAUCAAUAAAAGCUAGGAGUUACACUGAAGCAGAAGCAGAGACCACAGAGAGGGAGAGAGAGAUGAACCUUGAGCUAGACUCAGAUGAGGCGACAACAGCAAGACCCAAGGCAUUUUCAUCACGGUUGCCAGUUAAAAGCAGAAGCACUACAGCCUCCCGCAGUGCUUUUAGUCCCACAAAAGAAAGUAAGGAACAUUUUUUUGACCUUUACAAAAACUCCAUAGAAUUCUUUGAAGAAAUUAGCGAUGAAGCUUCUAAGUUAGUGGAAAGACUCACACAGUCAGAGAGAGAACAAGAAUUAGUUUCAGACGAUGAAAGCAGUAGUGCCCUAGAAGUUUCAGUUAUUGAAAAUGUGCCAUCCGGUGAGACCCAGCAGUCAGUUCCGGAAGACAUCUUUGACACCAGACCCAUUUGGGAUGAGUCCGUAGAGACUCAGAUUGAACGUAUCCCUGAUGAAAAUGUCCAUGACCAUGCUGAAGAUCAACGGGAUGAUCGGGAAAGGACAGAGGAAAGACUGGCCCAUAUUGCUGAUCAUCUUGGAUUCAGCUGGACAGAGCUAGCGAGAGAACUGGAUUUCACUGAAGAGCAAAUUCACCAGAUCCGAAUUGAAAAUCCAAAUUCACUUCAAGACCAGAGCCACGCGCUCCUCAAAUACUGGCUUGAAAGGGAUGGGAAGCAUGCGACAGAUAUAAAUCUUACCCAAUGUCUUACAAAAAUCAACCGCAUGGAUAUCGUUCACCUCAUGGAAACCAGUGGCAUCGACUCCAUGCAGGUCCAUGGCACCCGCACAUAUGCGGAAAUGGAGCAAACGAUAGGAUUGGACCACAGUGAAGGGUUUUCUGCACUGCAAGAAGAAGUAUACAGUUCAAGACAUAAGCGAGAAGAGCAACAUAGAAUAUCUAAAGACAGUGAGCCAACCGAACACCCUCCUCUUGUCUCUGAGGAAGAUGCAUCUGUCAGUUUUUCUCCUUUUCAAGACAGCACUCCCAGGAGUGAGGCAGAAGUAUCAAUGGCCGAGCUCCUGAGACAAGCACAUAAGGAACAAGCAGAAGCUGAAUUCUCAGGGAAAACCCAAGAUGUGCCAGAAAAAACAUCUGCUUCACCACAGGAAUACUUCAUCACAACUCCAGGAACAGAGCGGUCCACGGCACCGGUAACUGGAAAAGCAGCAGGAGAGAAAUCCACCAGCUUCGGCACGUCGAAGGAAGAGAGAGAGAAACCAUCCCUGCAGUCCCCACUGUCUGCUCAGAGAGGUGACUCUCCCAUCAUCCGAGAGCCCGAGGACCCCCAGCUCCGCCAGGAUGACCUCUCUCCAAGGAGAACUAGUCUAGUGAUAGUAGAGUCAACUGAUGAACAGACAGAGCAGUUUGGAAAAGGCUAUGAAGAGGAAUCCUUAGAGAAGGCUGAUAGUAUGCCUGAAAUGCCACCAGAAACAGUCACAGAAGAGCAAUACACAGAUGAACAUGGCCACACGGUGGUAAAGAAGGUCACGAGAAAGAUCAUCCGGCGGUACGUCUCUCCAGAUGGCACAGAAAAAGAGGAAGUUGUAAUGCAAGGAGUGCCACAGAAACCCGUCACCAUUGAAGAAGGAGAUGGCUAUUCCAAAGUCGUAAAACGGGUUGUGCUGAAGAGCGACAGCGAACGGUCAGAGGUGACCGUGUCUGAACCUGCUGUUUUGCCUAGUGCCUCUGAGUUCCAGUCUGAGCCAGCAGAAGGCCGGAAGGUCAGCAAAGUCAUCAAGACCACUAUAGUGCAAGGUGAGAGAACGGAGAAACACCUGGGGGAUGCCAGCCUAGCUAGUGAUCUUCCGUCGGCCAAAGAGGACUUUGAAGAGGACAACACUCACUAAGUCCAGCAUGCACAAGAGGACUGUGAUGAAGGAUCAGUAUGGCCAACAUGUGCACAUAGAAGAGCUGGAAGACACACCAGAAGCACUACCGCAGGAUGACCUCCAACAGCACCUCCAGCAGCUUCUCAGGCACCUCUGCAGAGAGGACUGCAAACAGGACAACUGAGAAGCUGCCACAACCCAGCCCUCCAGCCCCUUUCACAGCAUUCAUCGUCAUUAUGUGCACACAUCACAACCUACAUCACUACCAGAAGACACAGUUACGUCUACUUGUUUCUCGAUACAGAGACUUUUUUUUUUCCUUACCCCAUUUUUCAUUUCAGCAUUUUGUUCAGUUUUUUGGUACACUGUAAGCUGAGUUGUGACCAAAGAGCAUUCUUCAUCCAAGAUCGUUUUCCACCGAACCAUCCUCGUUGUGCUGCACUGGGAGUUUGUCCGCAUUGCCGCUUCCUGCUGCUUCUGUGUUGCCUUCCUGAAAGGACGUUUGUGAAGCUUCAUGCACAGGCCUCUUGAACAAACUAUGUACAUGCAUCAUCACCACAGCAGCUAACAUGUAAACUCCCUGUAUAUAGUGACAGCACUUGGACUUACAGACUGCAGAAAGCACACUGCCGACCACUGCGAGUAGCAUCACAGGUUACAAGCUCUGUUGAUGCUGCCCAUGAGUGAUUCACAACACAAACGUUAACAUGAUCGAUGGCAAACACAGAUUUGCUGAGGAGGAAGCGCUGCAGAUCUACUGCAUCCGCAAGACUUCCACUUUAGGGACCUAGUCUAGCUCAAAACCUGGAAGUUCAGCUGUUCCCCCAAAGCAACAGCUCACUAUGGCCAUUCAUACUUCCAAGAGCUUUGGACAGCCACUUAGACAUUACCAGAAAGAGGAAAAAAAGGAAAAAACCCAAACCGAAACACUCACUUAGGUAACCAACUCGCUAGCAGCUAUCUCUAUGGCACACUUGUGUACGGGAUUAACCUCUUUUAGAUCUGGACAUGUGGCAGGGUGUAUUUAAUAAUCCCUACUGCUGUAGUUUCCCGUUCUCAGCACCGCUUUGCCAACCACACCAUCUCAUUGGUAGUACUUCCUGCUGGCCGCUGCACUGUAGAUACACCUACAGGAGACAGACCUACGUACCGCACCAGGAGAGUAAUUCAGUUUCCAUGUUUUAUUGAGAUUGCCUCUUAUCCAAUACAUGCAUGUGGCAUCAGAAGGGCAAGCCCAAACCCUCCCAUAAUCCCGUCAGCUUGUCAGCCCUCUUAGCACUGAGCGAGCAGUUUUUACCUUCCAACCCGGUGUUUUUUAAAAAGGAAGUGCUCACAGUCGUUCAUAAGCCAGUUUCUGUUCCUAUAUUGUUUUCUAUCUCUACAUAGUAUAUAUAUAUUUCUAAACUAACCCACUGACAACCAUGACAGCAUGCCCACACUUUUAUUUUCCUACAAAGGAAAGUAGAAUUCCAACAUUGUGGGUGUUCUGCACCAUCAUAUGCAACAGAGGGAGCUCUGGAGUGUUGUAGCACACAUAGUACACAUACAUAUACCCAAAUUGAGUGUUUUUAAACAGCUGUUUGAGUUUUUAUUAGUAUACACAAGACCACAGUAUAAGAUACCCUCUCCUCUGAGAGUAAGGCUUUUUCCAAGCCUAUCUGGCCUUCUACCGUUACACGGUUCUUUGGUUCUUUAAUGACUCACUCAGUGCUCAGAUCAAGGGCACUUCCUUGUUACAGUCACAAUGCUGGGAGCCCCAAAUCUCUCAGGAGUUCUGGCUUCCUGCAGGCCAAACUGCCCAAGGUGCCACAUAGCAGGAAUAGCUAAAUUAAUAAAAUAUAAUGUUUCAGCAGCCAAACCAACCGAGACCCCUGAUGAAACAUUCCCCACCGCAUCACGGCUUCCUUUCUGACCGAGAUAGCACAGGAUGGUCUUCAAGGAGGGGGCUCUAAAGAAAUGCAUUUCUGUUGUGUUCUUUGCGGUGCAGAUGAUGUUCUGUGUAACAACAUAAUGGUUAUUCACCUCUUAUUUUAAUUUUUUGCUGUGUUAUCAGAGAACUUGAAUACUGUGAGAAGAAGUGAAUUUUAAGUUGACAAAUCAGCAUCUUGUUCCCAUGGUGAUAACACUAAUUGAAUAUAUCUAUGAGGGCAUGUAUUAGUUAAAAGUUAAAAGAAAAAUACAACACUAACAAUACAUAGCUGCAAUGUGUCCAAUGGCUGAUUUAACUAAAUAAACAUGUACAAGUGUUCAAUGUA